UAAAACUAUGCUGUCCGAACAAGCUAAUGUCAGAAGCUGGAAGAAAAGAAAUCAGUCAGAAAUCGGUCAGAAGUCAAGGUCGGAGUUGAAACCCGGUAGCCGAAGCACCGCUACUUUGACCACGGCGGAAAAGUCGCAUGGGUCAUUGAGAACUGAUCCUUGACCGGGGCUGAUUUUCCAUCUAACACCCGACUUCAACUACAAGCUGCGCCGCUGAUCAUUCGUCAGCCGUCACAUCCAGACUCCAAAACACUCUGUGAAACAUCUGACCAAAGUCUCCAAAGAAGAAAACUGCUCAGAACAGCGCAACAACUUUAAAGCUUCCGCGCACCCACGAAGGGCUUUCCCGAGAAGACGUCACCUGAAAGACAGCCAAUCCAGAACGGGACUCCGCUGCACGCGAGUCGCAGAUACUUGGGGUUUCGAGUCUGACGACAGCACGAGGGCGUGGCUUGUUCGCAAGGUCAAGGAGCAUGCGCCGUUUACAUGCUCCCGGAAGACCGCGAAAAACCAUAGACAGUAAAAGAAAAACAGCUCCAGAGAAAAAAACGUCGAUCUAGGUUAUUUUAAAGGUCCUCUGUUUCCUGUGCAUAAUGGCAGAGGCAGACCAGACCAGAAAUACUCUAGAAUGGCUCCCUGAUUGUUUUAAAGUGCUGAACAUCACAGAAAACACAGUGUCUGGUUUCGUCACCAAUAAAUCUGACCUCAGCACUGUACUAGAAUGCCACAAGAGAGAAACACUGACAUCUUUCAUUGUUUGGUCUGAUGAUAAAAGAAAGAAAGAAAAAGGGCCACAUCGUCUGGUUUGGCAGGUGGAAGAUUUGUCAGAGGAUGUACCACUUUCUGUCACAAACAGAAUAAUUCAUUGCUGUCAGCAUGGCAAUCCGCGAAAGAAUUGCAAAACUCAGGAGCUCUUUUCAGAAGAUGAACAUAUAUAUUCUGGCAAAAGAAAGAGAAUGUACAUUCAAACAACCAAAAAAGUUGGCUGCACAGCCAAGCUUUUUAUUAGGUACAUUAGAAGAUUUGACAAAUUCAGCAUUGAAAAAGGAGCUUCUAAAGUGAGGAAACAAAUGAUUAUGGACACUCUGAAAGCAGCUCUACAGAAAAAUGAAGCAGAGUCAUCUGAAAUUAUUCACAUCAACUUGCCACUUGAGACAGCUCACCAACACCACAAGAUUUCGGCAGAAAGUGCAUACACAAGAAAUAUCCACCCUCUUGUGAAGAAGAAAAUUCAAGAGUAUGUGUCAUUAGGCAUUACUUCUGUGCCUUUCCUUAAAAAAGUGCUUCGGCAAUUUGUGAACACUGAACUCUCCGCUUCCGAUUGUGUCCUCCCAAAGUCACAUGAUCAGUGCUACUUUCCAUCUAGCCAUACUAUUCAAAAUCAUGUGCAUUUGUCUUUAGUCGCAGGAAGGUACUCUGGUCUUGAUCAGCUUAAUUUGGAAGAAAAGCUCAAGAAAUGGAAAGAUGACGACCCUAGUGCACAUUUUUAUUUCAGAAAAUGCUCAGAAGCCCAAAUCAUGGACAAUAAAGUAUCGCAAGAUGUUGAUUGUGUGAAAAGGGAAGAAAAGGAGUCCAUUCAGAACACAUUUUUAUUUGUGCAUCAGUCCCAAGAACAGCAGAGACUUCUGAAACGGUAUGGAGACAUGGUUCUCCUGGACGCCACAUACCGAACGACAAAAUAUGCCUUGCCACUUUUUCUAGUUGUUGUCAGGACAAAUGUUGGCUACAAACCUGUUGCAGAGUUCAUCUGUGAAAAUGAAUCCACCAUGGCGAUCUCUGAGGCCUUGUCUUUAAUAAAAAAAUGGAAUGAUGCCUGGAAUCCAAAAUAUUUCAUGACUGAUUAUUGUGAACAAGAAUACCAGGCACUUCAAUUGGUUUUCCCACAUGCUCAAAAAUACCUGUGUUCUUUCCAUCGAGAGCAAGCCUGGAUUCGCUGGACAAGAGAAAGCAAGAACCAACUCUCUGAUCAGGAUCGCAGUGAACUUCUUGGCCUCCUUUGUAGUGUAGCAUCUGCACAUGAUAGAGAAACAUGUGAGGCAGCGAUAAGUAAGCUCAGGGACAGUGUCUUGUAUAAGAGUAACACAGCUGUUCGAAACUAUGUUGAGAAAAGGUGGCUCAAUAUUAAAGAGAGGUGGUGCAGAGGAUUCUCCCCUCAUGGAUUUAAUGUAUCUGUAACCACAAACAAUGGCAUUGAAGCAAUGAACAACUCCUUGAAGAGCUUUUACCUGAAGAUUUCGGGUACUAAAACAGUAUCAUCUUUGGUUGAAAUGAUUGUUACUGAAUUCAUCCCAGAGCAGCUCCUCUCAUAUGCUAAACUUAAUUACAUGUACAGCAGUCAACACAGAGUAUACAGUGGUGAUGUUCCUGAGUUCCUCUGGGACCGUCCAAGAUCUUUUGUGCAACAUUGCCUGAAAAACCUAGAGGCAGCUUGUUACUGUACCUCCCAACAGGUUCAAGAGCAGAGAAAGGGGCUUUAUAAAGUCCAGAGUGAGCACUCAUGUGAAUGGUACACAGUGGAUCUCGGAGACAAAGACCGUUUUCCGUCAUGUGAAUGCAGAUCUUUUAAUUCCACUUUUUUACCCUGCAAGCAUUUUUUUGCUGUUUUCAAACACACUGACAACUCAUGGUACUCAUUGUGCCCAGAUUACAUCAGCAGUCCUUAUGUCACUCUUGACUCGGAUGUUGUGUCAAGUCAAAAACAUUUGGAGGUGAAGGAAGUGAUUGACAAGGACACUACUGUCUGCACCAAUAGCUUUGUGGGCAGCGCGCCAACAUGUAAGGAAAAUACUGUACAUCCUGUUGCCAUAGACUGUUGUGACAUUCAGUGCUUGAAGACAGACAUGGAGGCAAAUGAAGUUUCCACUGCACAGUGUGCCCUUAGAGAGAAAUUAAAAAUUCUCCAGGAUCUAUCAUACAUAUGUAUGGAUCAUGAGUUAUUACGUAAUGCAACUGCAGUCAUUCAUGAACUUGCAGGAAAGAUGAAAUGCUCUGUCCCAAAAGAAGACUUACUACCACUUCUAAGUAACCAAGAUGACAUAAAACUGAAACUUCGUGUACUUCCACCACAGAAAAGAAAAGGAAAGGUGAAAGCCAAAAAAAGGAGAAUUGAGAAAAGAAUCAGUGGUGACACAGGGAACCAGUCUGGUUCUUCGAAAGAGAACUUGCUUACAGACUGCACUACAAUAGGUUUGCCAGAGGCUGAGACACUUCUGGCAGAGCUGAUCAAGUAUGACAUUGCUGAGGUAGAAAGUGGAGUUAGGUUGUCUGUCUGUGGACAGAUGUUAGAGAGCAGGGAUUUUAAAUCUCUGAAACAUCCUCACUGGUUAAAUGAUAAGGUGAUAAAUGCAUACUUGGACACGUUGACACUCGAAAACAACACAGAGGCCAACACUGGAAACUUCUGUUUCAAUAUUUCUACAUACAUGCCUCUGCUUUGGGAACGUGACCAAUUUGAUGACUGGAUGUUUAAAAAGGUGGCAUUCUCCCAAAUGAAGUGGAUUUUCCUUCCAAUCCAUUUGAGCAACAAUCACUGGAUUCUUCUGGUAGCUGAUGUUCCGAAUAUGGAAGUAUCAAUACUGGACUCAAAGUUAGGAAACCAUGUCAUGUAUGUUGAUAUGUGGAGAAGGUAUAUGGCUGUGAGGUACAGUCAUACUAAUGAAUUGGGAGGAUUCUGGGAAUAUGGUGGUCUCUGCUCUGCACCACAAAACGAUUCCAGCAGUUGUGGGGCUUUUGUUCUACUGAAUGCUCUUGCCCUGACGAGAGGCAUCAGUCCAAGCCAGCUGACACAACGCCAUGCAGUGGAAAUGAGGAAGUUUGUGUACCACAAGCUCAAACAAAAUGCAUUAUGUUAAAGGGUUAGUUCACCCAAAAAUGAAAAUUCUGUCAUUAAUUACUCUAUUUAUGAUAUUUUUGAUCAAAUCUGAGAGGUUUCCUAUUCCCAAGAGAAAGCUACAUAAUUACCACAUUCAUUGUUGCAAACUCCUCACCUUUCAGUGACAACUCACCUUUUUGAGAUCAAAAUAGGUCACUUAUGGGAUUUGCAUAGAUCUAAUGUGUUUUUGUGGGUGGGGGGUCUGAGAUGUGGAAACUUUUGAGGUCUGAGAUGUGGCAACAGUGAAAGGAGAGAGAGGGCAAACAGUUUAGCUCUAAUCAGCCAAUAUUGUCUUAAAUAGCCAUAGCACUUCAUCUUUUUAUAACAUGAGGUUUUGACUAAAUGUAGCCUAUUCAAUCUUGAUUUUGGUGAAAUGUUGCAACAAUUUUUUUGUGUGCGCGAGUAAAAUUACAGUUUUGAAAAUCUGUUUGGAGCAUGCCCCUGCCCUAAUUUUCUAACUUUUUUCCCCUUACCUGUUUGCAUCCCUGAGGUCCAGAGAAGAAGUAAAAACAUAAUAGACAUAAAAACUAAAAUAGUCAACAUGACUACAGUGGUUCAACCUUAAUGAUAUGAAACAAAAAUAAUGACUUUAUUUAAUUUCUUCUCUUACCUGUCAGUCUCCUACUCUGUAUAUGUUGUAGAGACAGAGCAGUGUUUCCGGGUUCUACGCCAGAACGCCGGCUCAUUAUUGGUCUGCCUCAUUAUCACACAUGCGUUGUGUUGCUAAUGUGAAGAACUGAUGUAGAACCUGAAAGCGCUGCACUGUCAUUACAACUGUCUUUAUAAUUAAUGAGAGAAAUUUCAUUUUUGGGUGAACUAACCCUUUAAUAUUUGUUCUUUUCUGCCCUUGAGUGCUUUUCCUACUUUUUACUUUCACUUUCAUAGUGUCACUGCACCUGACCCUGUGUUUCCUGUUUCGUCAUUGACCCAGUCUCCAAUGUGUUUGCUGUACCGUGGCAUAAAAUUGGAGUCAAGACGCAACUCGCAAGGCCUUCUGUUGUGUUAUAGCCUCUAUCUGUGUUUUCUAGGGACCUUCCAAUUUGUUACUCAUUUGUAAUGUGUUAUAACUUUUUUGCAUAUGUGUAAAUGGUAUAUAUUCUUAUUUCUAUUUCUUCAUUUUAAACAUAUUUUUUCCCUUCUCAUGCUAUUUUCAUACCCUUGCAUAUUGUAAAUAAAUCAUUUGCUUAUUCAGACUUGUGUCCUUUCCUUGUACACAUCACCUGGUUAUGACAUAUUUGUGUAUGUGUCUCCUCCCAAGUUUAAUGUUACAACCCUUUAUCCUUUGAUUCAUCACCAUCGGGGUCGUAACAGUUAGUUUUGUGUUCCAGGAAUAACAGAGGGUUACUUAAGUUUCAUUGAGUUUGUUCUCUGGGUGCAUAUAAAUGAAUUGCAUUCCAAAUAACAAUUUAACCACACAAAAUGCUCUUGUGUUUGUAUUAACAUGCAAAUUGUGUAAACUUGAUUACCUUUAGAUAUGUUACUGAACACCAUGUAUUAUUUUGUACUAUGAAUUUGUGUGAGAGACCAGUGAAGAGUGCAUGUUUAACAUUUUAUUUAAACAUCUAUAAAUGCCUCCUAAGCUAAUAGAUGUAAUUGACACAUUUAACUGCUUUAUAUAAACUUUUACUUUUGAAUAAACAGUCCUUUUUAGAAAUAAAAUGGUAAUAUAGUUAAGAUUUAUUACACUGUCAUUUGAAGACAUCACACCAGUGAAAUACAAUUGAUCUCAAAUUACACUAUAAAAAAUGUAAGCUGUGUUAAAGGGAUAGUUCACCCAAAUAUAAAAUUGUCAUUUAAUCACCCUCAAGUUGUUCUAAACCUGUGUAAGAGUUUCUUUUGUUGAACACGAGAAAAUGGGUUACCAGCAUUCUUGUUCAACAGAAG